AUGAGCUGUCGCCUGCAGAACUCCUCCUUCAGCUACGGCGGUGGUUUUGGAGGCGGCUCUUGUAAGCUCGGAGGAGGCCGCAGCAUCUCUUCCUGUUCUACGCGGUUUGUGUCUGGAUCGGCCGGAGGCUACGGAGGAGGCAUGAGCUGCGGCUUUGGCGGCGGUUUCGGAGGUGGCAUCGGCGGUGGCUUUGGCGGAGGCUUCGGGGGUGGCUUCGGUGACUUUGGAGGUGGCGAUGGCGGGCUCCUGUCUGGCAAUGAGAAGAUCACCAUGCAGAACCUCAACGACCGCCUGGCGUCCUACCUGGACAAGGUGCGCGCCCUGGAGGAGGCGAACGCCGACCUGGAGGUGAAGAUCCGAGACUGGCACCUGAAACAGAGCCCAGCGAGCCCGGAGCGCGACUACAGCCACUAUUACAAGACCAUCGAGGAACUCCGGGAAAAGAUCCUGGCAGCCACCAUUGACAACAACCGGGUCAUCCUGGAGAUCGACAAUGCCAGGCUGGCAGCGGAUGACUUCAGGCUCAAGUAUGAGAAUGAGCUGGCCCUGCGCCAGAGUGUGGAGGCCGACAUCAACGGCCUGCGCAGGGUGCUGGACGAGCUGACCUUGUCUAAGACUGACCUGGAGAUGCAGAUCGAGACCCUCACGGAGGAGCUGGCCUACAUGAAGAAGGACCACGAGGAGGAGAUGAAGGAGCUCAACAACCAGGUGGUAGGCCAGGUCAACGUGGAGAUGGACGCCACUCCUGGCAUCGACCUGACCCGGGUGCUGGCCGAGAUGAGAGAGCAGUAUGAGGCCCUGGCAGAGAAGAACCGUCGGGAUGCUGAGGAAUGGUUCCAGAGCAAGAGCGCAGAGCUGAACAAGGAAGUGUCCUCCAACGCCGCCAUGAUCCAGACCAGCAAGACAGAGAUCACUGAGCUCAGGCAUACUCUGCAGAGCCUAGAGAUCGAGCUGCAGUCCCAGCUGAGCAUGAAAGCUGGCCUGGAGAGCAGCUUGGCAGAGACAGAGUGCCGCUACGCCCUGCAGCUGCAGCAGAUCCAGGGGCUCAUCAGCAGCAUCGAGACCCAGCUGAGCGAGCUCCGCAGCGAGAUGGAGUGCCAGAACCAGGAGUACAAGAUGCUGCUGGACAUCAAGACGCGGCUGGAGCAGGAGAUCGCCACCUACCGCAGCCUGCUCGAGGGCCAGGAUGCCAAGUAG